AUGAAGAGAGCAUUGUUCUCCUCACUCUUCUCGCGGUAUGCGAUAAAGUUAUCGACAAAGCUAGAGAAGACUGCUGAUCGCAUCAAGGAGGUCUUCGACAGCAACAUGGCUGCUUUCAAGAAAAGGAUAAGCGGCCUUAAGGAUAAGAUCCUGAAGAAGCUCACUUUGACCAAGGAGCAAAGAGCGGAGCUACUGGAGAGACUGAAGCUAUUCAAAAGAAAGUCCGUUGAUAAAGUGCAACCGAUGGGCGACUCGAUUGAGGAAGUCAACAUGAAUAGCCACAUUGCCGACGCUCUUUUCCAAGGGGAUAUGGUACUUUCAAAGGAGCAGGAAGAUCAACUUGUUGACGACAUCAACGACGACGGCACUCGCCCCAAACGACAAGCUAUGAGAGAUCCACGAUACCCUGGCAAAAGGUGGCAUGAAGGGGUUAACUAUUUCUUUGACGACAAUGCAAGCCCAAUAGUUAAAAGUGUCUUCAAAAAGGCGACGGAGCUAUGGAAAGCUGAUACCUGCAUCGAUUUUAAGGAAGAUAAAAAUGCAAAGGACAGAGUACGUGUGUGGGUAGGGACCGGAUGUUGGUCGUCUGUUGGCAGAGUUGGUGGCAUGCAGAACAUUUCACUCGGCCAAGGCUGCGAAUCAGUAAGCUUAUCGCUCAGUGAUGCUUUUGCGAAAACCGGGAAAGUUUCUGAGCACACAGUGAGAUGUUCUGAUAGGAGCCUUUCAAAACUGGUGCCUAACCUACAACUUUCAUGA